AUCCAGACAUUCCAGAAUUGCGCUCUUAUUGGGUCUCCCUCUCUAUCUCUAGCUCUCGCUGGGUGCUCUCUCUCUUUCUGUCUCUCCGCCCCACCACUAUGCGCGCUCCCAGCAGCAGCUGCUGCGAUGAGUAAUGCGGCGUCGGCGUCUGUUGGCUUCGUUUGCAUGCAAAUGCUUUUGUUGUAAUUUAGAUUGAGAGGCUCUCCGGGCGAGCGGUUAUCAGUUGUCCAUUGCAUCAUCGACGUAAUGUUUACACAUGGCGGGCGAUCGUGACCGCCGCAAUAACGGGACUAAUGGAUUCUGUACACAAAUUGCGCCGCCUCCGGUAAUCACUUUCACUCUCGUUGCCCACGCCGGCCCGCAUCGGUAUCGUAUCCCAUGGAGGAGAUCAUUUCCAAUUGUCCAAGAUGCUGGGCCGGACGGUCUUCCUUCAACUGGUGCUGCAGUACGUCUUGGUGCAAGGCUACUACUACUACGAUUACGGCUACUGGGAGAUCAAUGAGCCACCGCCACUGUGCUCCGAUUACGAAAUGCUGGUCGUGAACACCCGGCAGUGCGUGCGACGCUGCAACAUUGUCUGCCAGGAAGGCGUGUGCUUUGAGGAUGGCGAUUGCCCCUGUGCCGAUCAGUACCUGGGCGCCAAUCCGGAUGGACUUGUCUGUGCCGCCGAGUGUCUGCCAGGCUGUCGAGAAGCGGGUGGGUACUGUGCCGCGCCGGAUCUGUGUGUGUGCCGGAAGGACAGGCACAACUACUUUGAUGCUCUUUCCCGACGUUGUCGUCACAGGACUGCACGCCUCCUGGACCCAUGCCACGGGCGAUGCACCCACGGGCGAUGCUCAUACGAUGGACAAUGUAUUUGUGCCCAGGGCUAUGAGCUCCGCGCCACCCUGCUCCACGGGCAGCAGUGCACGCCCAUCUGCAAGCACGAUUGCGGGCCCCAUGCCUACUGCUUCGCGCCCAACAUGUGUGCCUGCCGACACAAGCACCACCAUUAUGCCUACAACGGCAUUUGCACAAAAGACUAUUAACCUUGGGGACAGACGGAUGCAGUCGUCUCGGUCUGUUUUGAGUUCCCUUGCUGCUGACGUCACUCGUUCGAAUUUUUCUCGAUUUGCCAUUGCAGAUUCUAUAAUUAAAUUAUUUGUAUUUCGCUUAUAUAAACAUCUGUUGAAUGCU